AUGAUUGCUUCAGCUUGCUUUACGACCCUCUUAUUCCUUCUUCUAUCCCAGGAUGCAUCGGGAGCACCAACAGCAUCACCUACUGUCGUAGGGCGGAGCAUGCCUAUCCGCAGGCUCAGCCCUUCUUCACAGAACCUCACACUAGUGGCUCAGCAAGCAAAGGACCAAAGAGACAUUCUUGGUGUAAAAUACGGUGGCCAGUUACUUCAGCAGAGGGGCACUGGAUAUAACCUGUAUCAUACGUUUGCUGAUCGGACAUGUUUCAAUAGCUACUAUGGAACCAUAGCAAUCGGGACACCGCCAGUGUCCUAUGAUGUAAUUCUCGACACUGGUUCAUCCGAUCUCUGGCUGACUAGUUCUAUUUGUGGGCCAGGCUGCGGAACCAGCCCUACAUACGAUCCUGCAAAAUCGUCUAGUUUUCAAAAUCUCUCAACGCCAUUUGAAAUCUCAUAUGGUUCGGGUGCAGUGGCUGGCUAUGUUGCUGAGGAGACUGUUCAGAUGGCUGGUUUCGAGGUGGCAAAGCAAGGUUUUGGCGUUGUUAAUGCUCUUUCGUCGGCCUUCAACACGAACCCUGUAUCUGGAAUAAUGGGCCUUGCAUGGAGUCCGCUUUCUUCCACGCAGCAGACGCCUUUCUGGCAAACGCUGGCUAGUGGUGGAAGUUGGGAUUCUGCGUUAUUCGGAGUACAGCUCACACGCUAUGGCAAUGUGUCUAAUGCAGCUCAAAACGAACCAGGAGGAGUUAUUGACUUGGGCUACACCAACAGCAGUCUCUACACGGGAUCAAUUGAAUAUCAUAACCUUGUUGGAACACCACAAUACUGGGAGAUUAACAUGAACACGCUGACUGUGCAAGGAAAGUCCAUCGACAUCGCAGGGAUCUCGACUGCUAUAAUCGACACCGGAACUACAAACAUUGCAGGCCCCGCCAGUGCCGUUGCGAGCAUCUACGCACAGAUCCCUGGAUCCCAAGCAGGAACGGGCCAAUUGGAUGGAUAUUACACGUAUCCAUGCAGCACGACCGUGAAUGUGCAGUUUAACUUUGGUGGUAACACUUGGUCGAUGAGCCCCGCGGACUUCACGCACUCCCAAGUCAGCACCACGGAGUGCCUUGGGGCAUUCUUCAUCGCCUCAUUCGGCUCAGGGGGUCCUUCAUGGGUUAUUGGCGACGCGUUCCUCAAAAACGUUUACUCUGUGUUCAAGUACAGUCCUGCCUCUGUUGGUUUUGCUGCGCUAUCAGAGACUGCUAUCUCUCAGAAUGGCAUCAAGGCUGCCGUGCCAUCCCCAACAAUCGGCGCUGUGACAGCUGCUACAAACACUGGUGCUGCGUCAAGUGCUUCGUCAGGCGCCGUGUCAAGUGGUCCUUUGAGUACAUUGCUCUGCUUCUGGCUAGCUUCUACGUCAAUCGCUUUUCUGUUCUGGUGA